GGCGUGCAGAGAAGACCGAAGUGAGGCCAGAGCCAGACAUGGCGUGCCGCUUCCGCAGGUCCAUUGCUAGUCAGCUUUCCAGAGUGUUGGAUCUUCCACCAGAAAACUUGAUCAAAUCAAUAUCUGCAGUUCCAAUUUCCAGAAAAGAAGAAGUAGCUGACUUUCAGCUAUCUGUGGAUUCUUUACUGGAAAAUAGGAAUGACCAUUUAAAACCAGAUAUUCAAGUUCAAGCCAAGAAACUGGCAGAGAAGCUUAAAUGUGAUACAGUGGUGAGUGAAAUCAGCACUGGUCCAAGAACUAUAAAUUUCAAAAUAAACAGAGAACUACUAACAAAGGAAGUAUUACAACAAGUAAUUGAAGAUGGCUCAAAAUAUGGACUAAAAAGUGAGCUUUUCUCUGGUCUUCCCCAGAUGAAGAUUGUGGUUGAAUUUAGUUCACCUAAUGUUGCCAAAAAAUUUCAUGUUGGACAUUUGCGUUCCACCAUCAUAGGAAAUUUUAUAGCAAAUCUCAAAGAAGCUUUAGGACAUCAAGUAACAAGAAUAAAUUACCUUGGAGAUUGGGGCAUGCAGUUUGGUCUUCUGGGAACAGGCUUCCAACUGUUCGGCUAUGAAGAAAAACUCCAGUCCAAUCCUUUACAGCAUCUCUUUGAAGUUUAUGUACAAGUUAAUAAAGAAGCAGCAGACAAUAAAAAUAUAGCAAAAUUGGCACAUGAGUUCUUUCAGCGAUUAGAACUGGGUGACAUCCAAGCACUUUCACUGUGGCAAAGAUUUCGGGACUUGAGCAUUGAAGAGUAUAUUCGGAUUUACCAGCGGUUAGGAAUAUACUUUGAUGAAUAUUCAGGAGAAUCAUUUUAUCGUGAAAAAUCUCAAGAAGUCUUAAAGUUGCUGGACAGUAAAGGACUCCUACAGAAAACAAUAAAAGGAACAGCUGUAGUUGAUCUCUCUGGGAACGGUGACCCCUCUUCAAUUUGUACUGUAAUGCGAAGUGAUGGGACUUCUCUCUAUACAACCAGAGAUGUAGCAGCUGCUAUAGAUCGAAUGGACAAGUAUAAUUUUGAUACAAUGAUUUAUGUGACAGAUAAAGGGCAAAAAAAGCAUUUUCAGCAAGUGUUCCAAAUGCUGAAGAUCAUGGGAUAUGAUUGGGCAGAAAGGUGCCAGCAUGUGCCCUUUGGAGUAGUGCAAGGAAUGAAGACACGAAGGGGAGAUGUCACUUUUCUGGAAGAUGUCUUAAAUGAGAUUCGACUAAGGAUGCUACAGAACAUGGCUUCCAUAAAGACAACUAAAGAACUAGAGAACCCACAGGAGACUGCAGAGAGGGUUGGACUUGCAGCACUCAUUAUUCAGGACUUCAGAGGUUUACUCUUAUCGGACUAUCAGUUCAGCUGGGAUCGUGUUUUCCAGAGUCGUGGGGAUACAGGAGUAUUCCUGCAGUAUACACACGCCCGCCUCCACAGUUUGGAAGAGACUUUUGGAUGUGGUUAUCUGAAUAACCUCAACACUGGUUGCUUACAAGAGCCACAGUCUAUUUCAAUUCUUCAGCAUCUUCUUAGGUUUGACGAGGUGCUUUUUAGAUCAUCUCAGGACCUUCAACCCAGGCACAUUGUUAAUUACCUUCUAACUCUAAGUCAUCUUGCAGCUGUGGCACACAAAACACUACAAAUAAAAGACAGUCCUCCUGACGUGGCUGGGGCCAGACUUCAUCUUUUCAAAGCUGUCCGUUCUGUCUUGGCCCAUGGAAUGAAACUUCUGGGAAUAAUUCCUGUAUAUAGGAUGUAAUUUCUAAUUAAAAUGGCGUUUUAAAAAAUUCUGAAUGAAUUUUAGUUGUUUUUAGAUGCCUUGAUGUUCAGAAUAGAAUUUAAACUGUUAUUCUGUGGCAGAAUAUUUGAUGAAAUGGAACUUACCAUCUUAUUUAAUCUUCAUCCUUUAAAAAGUCAUGUGAAUUCCCUCAUGGUCAACAGGUACUUAGACAUUUGUAAAAUUAAGUUGUGUCAUUUUAAACUCAAAAUAUUGUGGUCUAAUGGGGGUAAAGAAUUAGAAUUUAAACUGUGAC